AUGACAUCUAUUUGUCAUCGUGAUACCCAGCGUUCAUAUAUUCGUGAUCCACAAACCAAUUGUAUCUCUUCAAGAAAAUUAUCAAUUCGUAAAUGUUCUGGUUCCUGUGAUUCAACCGUUAUACACCAGCAACAGCAACAAUUGCUUAACAGCAAUUUCAAUGAUCAAGAAUCAAUAAAAUAUUAUAAAUGGAGGAAGGUUUAUAAACGAUCCGCUAAUUCAGCACAAGUAUGGCUGCCGGAUAAUUCAAAAGAUAUGCGAUCUUUUAGGACAAUAAAAGACUUAAGCACCAUAGUUUCUCAGCAUUCAGAUCAUUCAAGUUCUUUCACAUCACAACAGUACUGUUGUCAAGCUACAAAAAUGAAAUUAAAACCAAUCUUAUUCAACUGUCCUAAUGGUGCUGUCUACGAACGCACUAUAAAGUUAGCAAGAAAGUGUAGUUGUGUCCAAUGUGUUCAGCAGAUGACGAAAACCCACUGA